AUGGGUAAAAUGGGACCAGCGUGGUUAAUUAAGGCUGGAAGAACUAGAUACAAUACUAAAAUGUGUAAAAUAGUUAAAAUAACUAAACAUAAAAGAGUUUAAGGUAGAGCCUGGAGGAGAAAACAAUUCAAUAAACGAAAAGUCUAAACAUAAUUACAAAAAACAUUAGUUGGACAAUAAAUUCAUUUAAAGGGAGUUUUAGUACAUAAAAAAGGACCUAAUUGGCACAAGGGCAAUAAAUAAUUACUAGAAAAAGAAAAGAUAGAACUGGUUUAACUAAAAAGGGAAUUAAAAAGGAAUAAAUUUAAUAGAGAUGAGUAUUGA